AACCUGGCGCUUUUGGUCGAGUGGAUGAUGAACGGCCACGCAAUUCUCUACACCGGGGUCACUUUGGCCUUCUGGAGCACCAUCCUCAUCGUCGGACUCUGCUAUACAAUCUUUGACCUCGGAUUCAGGUUCGACGUGGCAUGGUUUUUAACAGAGACGUCUCCGUAUAUGUGGGCCAACCUUGGAAUCGGCCUGGCGAUCUCUCUGUCUGUGGUUGGAGCAGCCUGGGGAAUUUAUAUCACUGGCUCCAGCAUCAUCGGUGGAGGUGUCAAGGCUCCAAGAAUUAAGACCAAGAAUCUUGUCAGUAUAAUCUUCUGUGAAGCUGUUGCCAUUUAUGGGAUCAUCAUGGCAAUUGUCAUAAGUAACUUAGCAGAGAUGUUCAGCGGUACAACUCCAGAGACAAUCGGAGCAAAGAACUACCACGCAGGCUACUCCAUGUUCGGGCAGGCCUCACUGUUGGCUUUCAAUCUCUUCUGUGGCAUCUGCGUUGGCAUCGUGGGAAGUGGGGCUGCUUUGGCUGAUGCCCAGAAUGGCAGCCUCUUUGUUAAGAUUCUGAUUGUGGAAAUCUUUGGCAGUGCCAUCGGGCUGUUUGGAGUCAUUGUAGCCAUCUUGCAGGUGGGUAGAUCUUUCCACAUAAUUCUCUUUAUAAAGAGAAUGUUUUAUACUCAUUAGGUAAAAUGGUGAUACUUAAAUUUCUUUCACGCCUCCAGAAAGAGGAAGUUGUUCUAAUCCUCAUGUUCCUUUUUUUCCUGUUGCAACAUUCUGAGUGGCAUUUUAUUUUCUGUAACUGAGUUUUGGGUGUGACUAUCUUGGUUAAUAACUGAGAAUGUACACAAUUCAUUUUUA